ACAGGCAUACAUCACUGCCAAAGAAGACGAGAAGAAUGAUUUUGAUGAAAAUUUCAUCUAUGAAAUAUUAUCAGGCAUUGAAGAGGAAAUCACUGCAUUUGAGAAAGAGGAACACCUGUCAUUCACCAAUGCAUUCAAAGUGGGCUUGUCAGUACAUCUUUGCUUGAAAUAUGUUUCAAGGUUUCAGAGAAUGCAUGAUGAUUUCAAAACUGCGAACCAGCCACUGACAUAUCUGCGAAGCCAAAGAGAUAAAUAUUUCCAAUCUUUCAAAAACUAUUGCAAAGGAGCCAACUCUGUUACAAUAUUUGCAGAUAUUUUUUUGUAAGCACAUCAAGCCAGAGGUUUUGAAGGCAGCAAAUGAUGAAGUCAGUCUACAAAUUGCAGAUGAAAUGAAAACCAAUAAUCAAGCUCUCAAUGGCAACCGAUCAAAUCUAGAGAAGCAUGUACUGAAACAUCUGGCAGAAAAGGAGUGCUUCGAGUCCUAUGAGGAGUAUCUUGAUUAUCCAGAGAGAUACUUAGAAAAAUUUAUCCAGGAAAAUGUAGAAAGGUUUUGUGCAGAUAUCAAGCCACAUAAAAUGUACCAGGAUCAUUUGGAAACCCUGAAAAGACAGAUCAUAACAGCAAGUACAGAAGUUACUACAAAAGUGGCUGAAAAAAAAGGGAGUGCAUCCAUGUGGCUUACCGACAUGUGUGAAAAUGUGGGGAAGCUCAUAGUAAUAGACAGGGAUGAAUUACAUAGCAUCAAAGAGGAACACAUUGAAGACUGGCAGUUUCUCAAACACAUGAUGGCUACGUCUCUGGAAGAGAUGAUAAAGGAUGAAAAGGAGAUUGAUGUGAAUUCUUUAAGAAAAACGUGCACAAGUAUUCUGUUUCAGCAACUCCAGGGGUGCUGGGCGCAGUGUCCUUUCUGCAAAGCCAUCUGCACAAACACCAUCCCCAACCAUGAUGGAGAACACAGUGUAACGUUCCAUCGUUGUGUUGCACUUGCUGGCUGGCACUCCAGGGGCACAGAUCAUUUUUCAAUCAAUUUCUGCACCACAGCUGUCAGCAGUGAUCACCAAUUCAUUCCUCGUUGGAAUGAAAAUGAGAGUAUCCCCUACAAGACCUACAGAAAAGCUGGAGACCCUUACAAUAAAUGGAACAUUACUCCAGAUGGCAGUGUGCAGCGCUACUGGAAAUGGUUCAUCUGUCAAUUUCAGGAACAAUUGGAGAAUAAACAUGAAUUUAAAUUUGUGGGUGAUGGUGCAAUCCCAAAUGAAUGGAAAACAUACACAAAAGAAUCUGCUUUGGCAGAGUUAGAAUAAUUGAGGAUGAGCACACAUGCACCCAGCUUGCAUAACGUCAUUUAGUCUGCCAUUGAAAUUGAACUACAUGUUAUGCAGUGGAGUUACUUAAGUUAAUGUUUUU